GACCCUUAGGCCCUGGGGCAAGACUUCUGGGUUCCAGCCCUGGCUUUGUGGGGGCUUCGCUGUAAGUUCACACAGUUGAGGCAGCCCCUCUGCGCCCUCAGUGGCCCCAUCUGUAAAAUGGGGUCCCCUGGCAGGCCUGGCUCAUCGCAUGCUCAACAGGCAUUUGCAGGAAGGAGAGGACAGAGGCCGGUCCUGCCGGCCACCGCUGCAGACCCACAUUGCAGAAGGUCUGCAGGGCCUGGACGUCCGCCCCAGGCCCAGGCAGGCAGGCAGGGUCCCCUCAGCAGCCCCUUGCCCCUGUCCCUGCAGUGGCUGAAGGACCCAGGGCAUUGCAGGGAGAGGCGGACCCUGUGCGGUCAAACACUGGGCAUCCUGUUGAGCUGGCCGCUGGCCGCCACCUUGGCCUGGCUGUGCCUGCUUGGGGCCCAGGGCCACCUGCGGCUGCUCGGCUGGCUGUUGGCCGUGGCCGUCAUCGCCCUCACCAUCGCCCUCUUCACCCUCUGCGUCCUCCGCACUGCACAGGGUCUGCUGCCAUUGAGAGCUGUUCUCGGAGUGGAGGAACACCCACCAGACGGUGUAUAUAAAGAUUCAAAAACCAAGGAGCAUGCGCAGCUGGCUGGGAGACUCCGAAAGGAGGUGCAGAGGAGAUGCCGGUGUGAAGGUCUGCCCAGCAGGGCCAGAGGCAGCUGGUGAUGCCCUCCUGGGGCAUUACCUUCCCAACUGAACUGCCUUCUGUGCUUCCGAAUGCCACACCUACCCCAGAUGAAUAAAAGGCACCCUUGCUGGACAAAAUGGACUUGUCAG